CAUUCUCUCUCUCUCCUCCCUUUUCUCCAUCCACAGAACCUUCUCUCUCUCUCUCUCUCUCUCUCUCAUGGAAGUCUCGCCAUGUCCCGUGACUGCAACUCCCUUUUCCAUCUCGCCCCAUAACUCCUUCCUCCACUUUCUCCUCGCCCCUCUCAUUCCUCACACGCCUGCAUAAUCAGCCUCCCUCCCCAAAACCCCAAUCUCCCUCUCUCUCUCUCAUGACUCAACGCAGAACCCCGCUCUCCUCCCGCCGCCCAGCACCAUCGUCGUCGACGACAGCAGCAGCAGCAGCAGCAUGCGAUCCCCGCCCCUGCCCUACCACUCCCCCGCAACGGCGACGCCACGCCUCCCCCCACCACCACCACCACCACCACCACCGGCAGUACCAGUCGACGGUGUCCGUGCAGAAGCUCCGGCGGUUCAACUGGCUGAUCCUGGUGCUGCGGCUCGCCGCCUUCUGCUUCUCCCUCGCCUCCUCCAUCUUCUCCGCCACCAACUCCCGCGGCCCUUCCGCCCCGCACUGGUACGACUUCGAGGCUCUCAGGUACUUGUUCGCGGCGAAUGCGAUGGUGGCGCUGUACUCCCUGCUCGAGACGGCAGCUUCGGUGUGGGAGAUACUGAAGAACGCCACAUUGUUCCCGGAGACGUUUCAGCUUUGGUUCGAUUUUAGCCACGACCAGGUGUUCGCGUACAUACUGAUGUCGGCGGAAUCGGCCGGGACGGCACUGGCGAGGACGCUGAAGGGAUCGGCCACAUGCACAGCGUCGAGCGCCUUCUGCAUCCAAUCGGACAUCGCCAUCGCCCUCGGGUUCGCCGGCUUCCUCUUCCUCGCCUUCUCCUCACUCCUCUCCGGCUUCCGCGUCGUCUGUUUCCUCAUCAGCGGCUCUCGUUUUCCUCAUUAGAGAUCGCGGAAGGUGGUGGCGGGAGGGUUGUGAUUUUUUAUUUGAUUUUAUUAUUUUCUUAAUAUCAAUGGAAACUAUAAUUAUAUAUUGCAUUAUAAAUUGAGUACAUUCUUCUGAAA